CUCUGAGCUCUGCAAUACCGACCAGAUCAACCCUACAAAAUUAUUUUAAAUAAAGAGUUGGGGUCAUUUGGAAGUUUCUAGAAAGUAGAGGGACUUUGGUUUUUAGGUGUGGGGACAAAAGAAGAGGCGGUCAAUUUAGCAACCCCAAAUGGAAAAAAGUCUCAGAAGUAUGCAAACGUGUCAAUGCUCCCACAGAAGUUGCAAACCCCAAAUGGACACACACACACACAUACUGAUGCAAUCGUACUGUCCUUCUCACGAAACCAGGAGAGAGUGAAGAGGCAAAUUAAAUUAAAAAAACCCAAAUAAUAAAAAAACAAAUUAAACAAAGGCAUAAACAAUACCACUCUGCUCCUGCCUCUGCCCUCAGGUACAUGAUAUAUAAAGCUCUGCCAUUCUCACUAAACCCCAUUAAAUCUUUUUUUUCUGCAGACUGUUAGGUUCACUCGGCAACUUGUAAAAACCUUGCAUCAAAUUCAAAAGAAAAAAAAUGGUGGUUCCUGAAGGCGGUGGUGGUUGUGGCGGUGGGGAUGGUGGUGGUGGUGGUAGGUCUCGUCUGCCACUGUCAUCAGCAACCCAGUCGCCAAAACCCAGCAAUGGUUUAGAAGAAGCAGAGAAUGAGUUGAAUAAAGCCACAGAAGAAGUGGCUCCGGCCAAGGAAGAGCAAAAGGCAGUGACUUUCAAAGGUGGUAAUUGUGAUCGGUCGUCUUCUUCGUCUUCAUCCCCUGCUUUGCCAAAACCAGCCAAGGAACUGUUCCGUAUUAAAGAAGAAAACAUAGAUGUUGUAAUUGUGGAUGAUGAUGUUGAUGUUGAUGGGGGAGAUGAUGGGAACUUUAAUGGUGGUGAUGGUGGUACAUUUUCUUCAUCUUCAUCCAUGGCGUUGCCUAAACCCAUGGAGGGUUUGCACGAGGCAGGACCACCACCCUUCUUGAACAAGACUUUUCAAGUGGUGGAUGACCCAGAAACCAAUUCGGUUGUUUCAUGGAGUGCAGCUGGUCAGAGCUUCAUUGUUUGGGACUCUUACGAGUUCUCCAGGACUCUCUUGCCCAAAUACUUCAAGCACAACAAUUUCUCAAGCUUCAUCCGCCAACUCAACACUUAUGGCUUCAAGAAGGUUGAUCCGGACAGGUGGGAGUUUGCAAAUGAAGGGUUUCAGGGAGGGAAGAAGCACUUGCUGAAGAACAUCAAGAGAAGAAUCAGAUAUAACAAGCAGCCAACUGUAGGCUCUGUUGAUUCAACCAAAACUGGGUUAGAAGCCGAAAUUGAAAGUCUAAAGAAAGACCAAGACUUUUUGAAAUUGGAAAUCAUGAAUCUCAGACAACAACAAAAGUACUCACAGCAUCAACUGACUGCUGUUGAACAACGAAUUCGAAAUUCGGAGUGUAAGAACCAAAGGAUGCUCUUUUUCCUCACCAAAACAGCCACAAAUCCCACCAUUGUCCAAAAGCUAAUGCAGAAGAGAGUGAUAAAGAGAGAGCUGGAUGGGAGUGAUCUACGCAAGAGAAGGAGAUUGCCUUCAGUCCAAGUCCUUGAAAGCUUGCGUGAUUGGAUUGAUACCAGCCUCAGUUUGGAUUGUGGAAGCCAACUUGAGGAAGAACUGGUACCUAUGCAGUCUGUGCUUGCUGAACAAGUGGCAGAGGCAAAGGUUGCCAAACAAAAUGAAGCCCCAUUGCCAGCUCCCAUGAUUGAUAAAUCAGGCAAUGCAGUUCAAGAUCUUAAGCCCCACGUGAUGGCCGGAACCGGCACGGAAGACAUGCCCACUGCUUAUCAUGGCAUGUCAGAGAAUUUCCAGGUGGAAAAUGUAGUCUUUGAUGAAGAUGAAUUUGAAGUCGAUGACUCUAAUUUUUAUCAAGAAUUGGAGGAUUUGAUUGGCAAGCCACAUGAUUGGAGUGGUUAUGUAAGUCACUGCCUGAUGGAGCAAGCUGGGGUAAUUGGGGCCAUGCCUUGAUUUCACAGUUGCAGAGACCUGAGAAUCAAGAUGCAACAUCAGAUGAAUGAAGAACUCCUUAGCCUAUCUUGUGUAGUUGUCCAUAUAACUUUCUGUGUACCUUUCUUCCCUAAACCCUUGUCUUUUUAUACCUAAAUUGUAAAUAUCUCUCCCUCUCCGCUGCUGAACUGAUACUGCACAGCUUGGUUUAGCAGAUAAACUCUGUAUAAUAGAGUGCAUGUUAAAAAUCCCAUCUUUCAGUUUUGCUUCAAUUCAUGGUGUCUUCUGUUUGGAGUUUGGUUACAACUCAGCUAUGGUAGUGUAUAGCAAUCCUGUUCAUUCAGCUCAUGUGCCUCCCUGGUACCUGACAAAGUUGAUGAUAUAUGGGUCCCACCCUACCCUAACCCCGAAUUUUAAAUUGUUAAAGAAUAGAUGUGUGUAGCUGAAUGUAGAUAGAUCCUAACUAGAAAAUUCGAACGAACUCAUUUGUGUUUUCAGUC